AUUUCUUUUCCCAACAUCACUGCCCUCACCAUGGCUACUGCAGCUGCCAGCUCUGCUGAACUCGCAGCCGAUCCGAAGUUUUGGAGUGCCAAGCAGCUCGCCACAAAACGCGCACAGAAGCUGAAGUUGAGCGCGGCAGACUACAGCCAGGUGAUGCAAACGCACGAGACUGAGUAUGAGAGCGAUUUCCACGAGAACAUCGACGACGAGGACGCGUUCGUUGCCGCAUUCGAUCGAGCAACCAAGCAACUGCAGCUUAUCGCGCCGCCCUCUGCUCUCCACGCUGCCCCGCUCCUCACCGACUUUGCUCUCGACGACUUGGCAAAGGUGAAGCUGGCGUGGGAGGAUCUUCACCAUACUCAUGGACGCAGAGGAUUAGCCAAAGCACUUGUCAAGGGUGAUAUCGAUGCCCGCCUCGGAGCCGAGAACGGGAUGAGUCCAGACGAGACGUGGGCCUUUCAGGCUAUGUUCGGCGUACUUUUGUCGAUGGACGAUACCCUGAUCAAAUCAAUCAUGUGCGGCAACCUAUCCACAGACAAGCGCCUUGAUCGGCGCCUUGCACAGGAACUGGCAAAAAUUCGCGAGCAGUCGAAGCGCCAGCCUUGCAUCUAUCACCAGUCUCUAGUCGACAAAAACGGCAUGUCGCCGUCGCCAAACGAGCUUCUGCAGAUGCUCGUCUACAUGGAGAAGUACAUGAAAGCGUGCUCACAGGUUGACGAUCCCGCCGAGACUAGAGAUAUCGAUGUGUUGCCGUUCGACCGCGAGACUAUGUGCGAGCUGGACGCGUGGAAGAGCUCUGUGGGCACCGAAUUCGAUGCGUCUUGGGCGAACAAAGUCGAUUUCGCCAAAUACAUGUGGCGUGUCGUCGAAGUGCCUGUCUCGACAGAUGCUGUGCCCAUAGUCUCCGACGCAGUCAAGAGCAAGGGAAAAAUUGAGACCGAGAUACCGUCAUCAAUUUCAGGCUUCGAUGCCUCCGAUACCGAUUCAAGCGCGACUAGACAGAAGGCGAAGACGGAGAACGAACCGGCCAAGGUGGAGUGGAGAUACUCCGAGGCGCACGUCAUCGAAACAAAGGCCUUCGUCACAGCCUUGCGCGACCGCCUGUCUAAGGUUGACGACGGAGAUAUGGACAAGCCACUUCAAUUCCACUUGUCGAAGUUGGGUAUGCCAAAGAGCCCAUCAAGCGCCUGAGCGCCCACAAGCGUCACAUAAGCUCUAACUACAUUCUGAACCUGUUGGAUACCCUCUUCAGUCAUUUUGGCCCAAAGAUUGGACAC